UCAAGUUAUUCAGUUUCACUUCAUUACAUGUUCAAGUGUUCUCCUUUAUCUGUUGCCACUUUCCUGUCUUGUAGAAGACAACAUGGAAGCUGCAGUAGCUUUCUCUGUUCGUUCACUUCACAUUCCAACACCACUCGAAUCAUCAACCCCACUUAGGAAAUCCAUGUUCUUGAGCACACAACUGAAUCCACCACUUUCAUUAGUUCAUGGGAUCACUUCAAAAUCCAAGCUUUUCACUGCAUUAUCACCCACUCAGCUGACAGAAGAAUCCAGUAGUAAUAAUCUUCCUGAGGAUGAGCCAGAAGUUGAAGCCAAUUCAGAGAAAUUUGACUGGUACUCACAGUGGUACCCUCUGAUGCCAAUUUGUGACCUGGACAAGAGGGCACCUCAUGCCAAGAAGGUGCUGGGAAUUGAUGUGGUUGUGUGGUGGGAUAGGAAUGAGGGUGCAUGGCAGGUGUUUGAUGAUGCUUGUCCUCAUAGAUUGGCACCUUUGUCUGAAGGAAGGAUUGAUCAAUGGGGUAGGUUGCAGUGUGUGUACCAUGGUUGGUGCUUUAAUGGCUCAGGAGAUUGCAAGUUUAUUCCUCAGGCACCCCCUGAAGGCCCUCCGGUUCAUACGUUCAAAAAAGCAUGUGUCGCUGCUUACCCAAGUACUGUGCAGAAUGAUAUCUUGUGGUUUUGGCCAAAUACUGACCCUCAAUACAAAGAUAUCAUUGAAAGAAAAAGACCCCCCUACAUACCAGAGCUAGAUGAUCCAUCGUAUAAUAGAUUAAUGGGAAACAGAGAUAUUACUUAUGGGUAUGAGGUUCUGAUUGAAAACCUUAUGGACCCUUCACAUGUUCCAUACGCACACUAUGGACUAAUGCGUACACAACAACCGAAAGUGAAAGCUGAUAGAGAAGGGGGCAGGCCACUUGAAUUGUCAAUUGAAAAGCUAGAUAUCAAUGGUUUCAGCGCAGAUCAGGGUUGGAGCAAAAGCAAAUUUAUGCCACCAUGCAUUUUCUAUGCAUAUACUCCAGAUCAACCUGCAUCAUCUGCUGAAACUAAGAAACCAUCAUUUCAGAAGAAAUUUGGUUUGAUCUUCAUUUGUGUUCCAGUUAGUCCUGGUAAUAGCAGAUUAAUAUGGUGCUUCCCGAGAAACUUUGGACUGUGGAUUGACAAGAUUGUGCCUCGAUGGAUGUUCCAUGUGGGACAAAACCUGAUUCUAGAUUCAGAUUUAUAUCUUCUCCAUCUUGAGGAACAAAAAAUAAUGGAUGUUGGUCAAGCUAAUUGGCAAAAGUCCUGUUUUGUGCCAACAAAAGCAGAUGCCCUUGUGGUUGGUUUUAGGAAGUGGUUAAAGAAGUAUGCAGGUAGUCAAGUUGAAUGGAGAGGAAAAUAUAGUGGGGGUGUUCUUCCUCCAACACCACCUAGAGAACAGCUUUUGGACAGGUACUGGAGCCAUACUGUGAAUUGCAGGAGUUGCAAUUCUGCUUAUAAGAGCCUCAAAGUGGUUGAAGUCAUGUUGCAGAUCAUAUCUGUUGCUUCAAUUGGGAUUGUUGCCACAAUGAAGCAGGGUGGAAUGUCAGUGGUAACAAGGAAUUCAAUGGUUGUAUUUGCAGUACUAUCAUUUGCCUUGUCUCGGUGGUUAGCUCACUUCAUAUACAAAAACUUCCAUUAUCAUGACUACAAUCAUGCCUUUCGCUGAGGUGUGUUCCCAACGUUCUUCAUGUCCAACUAUGUAUACAGUGAAGCUCUCCAAGAACAAAGCCACCAAAUAUAGGUACUUCGGAGGAGUUCUUGAACUUAUGUACAUGCAUAUGUGUAUUAAUUAAGUUCAAAAUCUUCAAAUUCAUAUGUAUUAUUGGCUAGUUAAAAUGCUAAACAACAUCACCUAUAGAAGGAAUAAUCAUGUUUUCAAUGUACCAGAGAUUUCAUCAA